UGCGUAGCCACAUUUCAUUAUUUCACUCUCUCUUCACUCCUCGACCACCGCACCCCACAAAUUGAAUCCCAACAAGAAAAAAAAACCAGAGAGGCGAAGAAAGAGAGAAGAAGAAGAAGAAAGAAGAUCGAAGAAAAAAAAAAUUAAGAACCCCCCGAAGAAAUGGGAAGCAGCAGCAGCUUGCGGCGGAGCGGAUUCCUCCUGAUCUGCGCAAUCCUGACGGCACACCUCGCCGCCUCCACAUCGACGGCCAUCGACUUCCUCCCGGCCGUGAACUCCCCCGGCGCCGGAUGCAACGGAUCCAUCGCCGAGUGUAUGGCGGCGGCCGCGGCCAGCGAGGGAGCCGACAACGAGGAGUUCGCCAUGGAGUCGGAGUCGGCCCGCCGGAUUCUGGCGGCCGGCAGGUACAUCAGCUACGGCGCCCUGAAGCGGAACAGCGUCCCUUGCUCGAGGCGCGGCGCGUCGUACUACAAUUGCCACGCCGGAGCUCAGGCCAACCCUUACCACCGCGGCUGCAGCCACAUUACUCGCUGCCGCUACUGAAUUUUCCCCUCUCUCCCCCUCUCUUUUUUUUUCUUUCUUCUUCUUUUCCACAUAGAUAUAUCUAUCUCUAUGUAUACUUACUAAUAACUAUGAUUGAUUCGAUUUUGUGUCUGAUGUAAUACACGGCGAGAUUUGUUCCGAGAUUGGGAUUCAAACUGAGUUCAGUUUGGUGUUUUGUGAUAUCGUAGUUGUAUCGGUUAAACGACGUAUUAGGAGGUGAUCAAGCCGUCGUACGCAAUGAAUUCGAAACGAUUUC